AUGUGGCCUGUAAUGCUCAUUCUGUUCCUCUUAUCUCUGAGGCUGAGGGCCAUUGAUACAGCCCCAGAAACGGGGAUCCAUUGCUCCACCAACCAAGUGGCCUUUGAUCACUCAUGCUAUGAGUUUGUGGGACAUAAGCGCCCUUUUGCUAGUGCCCAGAAGUGGUGCGAGAAGCAGGGGGGGCAUCUUAUCUUCAUCAACAGUCCAGAAACCCAGCAGUUCCUGCAAAGAAACAUCCCUGAAGAAAGGGAGUGGUGGAUAGGACUUACCUAUGCACGGAAUGAAACUGCAGAAGGGUGGAUGGUUUGGUUGGACACGUCCAACAUAAGCUACAGCCACUGGCAUGAGAACCAGCCUCCUCCCUUCUCAGCCAGGUGUGGCUACAUUAUGAAGAAUUCCCACUAUGAGUGGGCUGCAAUGGAAAACUGCUCUCAGGAGUUUGCCUUCAUUUGUGAAUUUGGGUUUGGCCAGAGCCUCGCCUGUGAAGGAUCCAAUGCUACCAUGCACUGUGGCUCAGGAGAAGUCAUUCAGAUUGAUGACAGCUUUUAUGGACGACAGACUCCUUAUUACUGCACUGUGGAUGCAACUAUGCCUUCAGAGCUAGAAGAGGGCUGUGGUGUGAUCAGCGUCCGAGAUGAAAUAGCAGGACAGUGCCACGGGCUGCAGGCAUGCCAGGUAGCAGCAGAUAGGGCAUUCUUCGGAGAUAUGUGCCCUUCUCUUGGCAGUUACCUUUGGAUCCAAUACCACUGUGUAGAAGGUCUGCAAGUGAUUGUGCCUGACACAUGUUUCAUUUCUGACAAUAUCACCAUCUCCCUGACAUGGCUGCUCUCCCCCUAUACCGGAAACCUAUCCUGCGUUAUCAGCCCCGGGGAUGGAACAGCUAUUGAUCCGUAUUACCCCCCAAGCAAUGUGACUCAUCGGUUUACAUCUCCUGGAGAGUUUACUAUUUUCGUGGAGUGUACAGCCAGUGAGUGGCACGUGAGUGCCCAGAGGCAAGUGACUGUGCAGGACAAGAUGGAGAAACUCAGUGUGACUGGAUGUUAUAAUCAAUGGGAGUCGGAAAUCAGCUCCCACUGCAGAACCCUCUAUGGAGCUGCUUUAUGGAUACAAGUUGAACUUGAUGGAGGAACUGGAAUAACUUAUACAAUAUUGUCAGAUAACAUCACUCUGACAGAAUCCUCCAUCCAGAAAGGCGUUAUCCCACAUAACCUGACUCUGGUCAGUGCAGGACAGCCAUUGCUUCAGCCAGGAGUUCACCAUCUGAAAAUUCAAGCAGUCAGCAACACCACCACCUCCAAACUUUCCAGAGACCUCAUUGUUCAUAUCGUUGAGCCAUUAUCUGGUCUCCAGGCUUUUUGGAUUUCUGACCACUUGGAGCUGGGACAAGACCUUCUCAUUAAUGUAUCUAUGGCCCAGGGGUCCCCUGAGGAACUGUUAUUUGAGGUAACAGGAGCCACUGGAAAUUUCUCCUAUGUGAGAGAGUAUUUAGGCAAAGAAUCCAGGAUUUACAGCAUCCCCAUUCCGGCAAAAGGAACUUUUUUGGUCACAGUGCUUGCUCAAAACAUCUUCUCAAACCUGAGCUCAAUAAUUGGGAGAGUCAGUGUAUCUGCUAAGGAGUCAGUCCAUGAAGCAAUUCCUGCUAACCAAGAGCCAAUCAAGAUAAACUUCCAGAAGGAAAAUAAGGACAAAGGGAAAAACCAACUGUAUAUUAAGCCAAGUCGCUAUGUGGACCCUUUCACCACGGUGACUCUGGGCUGGCCAGAUUACAACAAGAGUCUGAACUUUGUGUGGUCAUGUGGGCGCUGCUGGCCUCAGUGGAAGGAGUGUGUCCAGCAGCAGCUGCUCGUCACCGGCCAACGGGAGAUGCUGAUAGAGCCUGCCUGCCUGCCUCCUCCCAACUCGGCCAUCACCCUCGGCAUCCUGGUCCAUGGCGCGCAGGGAGAACAGUGGAAGGAUGAGCAGUGCCUGUAUGUGACAGCGGAACAGAAGCUGCAUCCUCAGAUCAGUUGUGAAAAGAACUGCAAGCCAGUGAAUGUGAGUGAAGAAGUCAUGUUGAGAGCCACUUGUGAUGAUCAAGAGUCUGUGACAUACAGUUGGUAUUUAGAUACCUCCUUCCAGGAGGUGAACCUCCUUCCUGAUGUCUGUGGUCUCAGUGGAUUUAGGCCAAGUUCCUUAAAGUUGCUGCAAAGAAACACCUCCAUCUUGCUGUUGAGCAGCUACUUCCUGUCUGAACUCAGGGCCUCAGCCCCUGGUGCAAUUCGAAUUAAAGUCACAGCAAUGACUGAGUGGGCUUAUGGAGAACAGACCUACAUCAUCAGCACUCUUUAUCCUCCUGAGGUUCCAGCUUGUUCUGUCAUUCCAGAGCAGGGGACUAUUCUGACAAGCUUUGAGAUCUCCUGCAACACAUCUGCAGAGCCUGGCUUACUCAUCUAUUGUUUCUGCCUGAAACGAGAUUCAUGCUUCUAUUGUGGUCAUGAGCCAGAACUUCCAUCACUUUAUCUACCACUUGGAAAGGAAGAAAAUAACUUUGUUUUGAAGAUUCUCAUUUCUGUUGCUAAUAAGGCUGGAGACACAGUACAUACCCAUGUAGCAGUCAAGGUAGAACAAGAAGACAUAAUCAAGGAAAACCGGACACUCCUUGCUCUAAUGUCAGAGAAGAUAAACAACACGCCAAUAGGAAAGACCAGCAGCGUGGACUUAUCCAGUUGUCUAACCUUGGAGAUCAGAGAGCUCAUGUUGAGGACCCUGGCUUCUAUUCCUGCUGAUGACAUACAGCUGGCUCUGGGAAUGGCAGAGGCACUGAAAGAUGUCACCUUUCACCAUGAAGAGCUCUCCCCAUUAGCCCAGGUCAGCAGCACCCCAACACUCACCCUGGCCUCUGUUCUAUGUGCAUGUAAAGCCCUUCAGUCUCCUUGGGUUAGGAGAAGCAGCAUAGCCUGCCAGCCUUACUGGGAAGACCCUGAUGAGUGCCAAUCACCUAUGCUUGAGUGGAGGCUGAUGGCCAGCCAUGUGCUUCAGAAUGUCAGCAAGUUUCUGGCGAUGGGGAUGUCUAGUCCUGAGGACAGCACCGUCAGACAGAAGCAUCAGAUGACAGCCACACACCUGUUUCAUGCAGUGGGAAAUGUGCUUGAAGCAUCGAGGAGCCAGGAGCCUGAAAUGCCACUGGGCUCUGGUACCAGCCAGGUCAUUGUUACUGAAAAAGAACGGCAAAAGGUGGUUGUGCAUCUGCUCAAUGCCCUGGAGAAUCUACAGAGUGCCCUCCUGCUGGGAAGGCCUCCUAGAGACCAUCCCAUCAUGCUGAGUAUUCCCACCAUGGCCAUGUAUGUCAACAGGGUGCAGCCACAAGGCCUGGAUGGUGCUUCCUUUCAUCUCAACACAAGCAAUUCAGCUGUCUUCACUCUGCCCCGCAUCGCCUCCCUGAGCUACUUGGGGGAUGAUGACGAUGAACCUGUGGACAUAAGGAUGGUGAGUUUUCCUAAGAAUCCUUUCCCUGCAAGUGACAAUUUUGAUAUUCAAGGGAGUGUUGGAGGUCUUCAUCUGACCAGUCCUGGGGGUCAACUCAUCCCAGUGAAAGAUCUGAAAGACAAUAUUGAGAUAGUUUUGCCUCGAUUUACAAAGUUAAAGGACACACAGACUAUACUGAACUUGACAACUUCUGCCACUUUGCAAGUGAACAUGACCUUUGGAAAUGCUUCUUUGGUGAUCCAUCUUGAGUGGGACUUUGAUCUUCCCCUCAUACUGUACAUGGGCUAUGGCUAUCAUCCUAAUGAGACCAACUAUGAUGUCAAAACUCAUCUUUAUCCGAAGACUGAUCAUACAGGUAAGCUGGCCACGUGGAUUUUAAGUGCUGAAGAGCUGUCUUUUGGAGAAGGAACCUAUUAUGUGAAAGUAAUUCCUGGACCCAUUUUGGAACCAGCCUCCCACCAUGAUGUCACUGUUAGCAUUGCGUUCUUCAUUUCCCAGUGUGUAUUCUGGGAUGAGCUCCAGGAGGAUUGGAGAGGUGAUGGGUGCCAGGUGGGUUCCCAGACUUCCCUUUAUAGCACCCACUGCCUCUGCAACCAUCUCACCUUCUUUGGAAGCACUUUCUUUGUGAUGCCCAACAUUGUGGAUGUGAGCCAAACGGCCGAGCUCUUUGACACCUUCGUGGACAAUCCUGUGGUUGUGACCACAGUGGGCUGCCUCUGUGUGCUGUAUGUGAUGGUAGCACUCUGGGCAAGGAGGAAAGACAUUCAGGACAAUGCUAAGGUGAAGAUCACAGUGCUAGAGGACAACGAUCCCUUUGCCCGGUACCAUUACCUGGUGACAGUCUUUACUGGCCAUCGACGGGGAGCAGCUACCACCUCCAAGGUGACAGUCAUUCUUUAUGGACUGGAAGGAGAAAGUGAGCCUCACCAUCUAUCAGACCCAGAUACCCCAAUCUUUGAGCGAGGUGGGGUGGAUGUCUUCUUGUUGGCUACUCUCUUUCCACUUGGGGAACUGCAGAGCAUCCGACUAUGGCAUGACAACUCUGGAGACAGGCCAUCCUGGUAUGUCAACCGUGUAUCAGUCUAUGAUUUGACAUUGGAUCAGAAAUGGUAUUUCCUUUGUAAUUCUUGGUUGUCCAUUGAUGUCGGUGACUGUGUCCUAGACAGGAGGUUCCCAGUGGCUACAGAACAAGAUAUGAAACAAUUCAGCCACCUGUUUUACAUGAAGUCUUCUAAGGGUUUCCAGGAUGGACAUAUUUGGUAUUCAAUUUUCAGCCGCUCUCCUCGAAGCUCAUUUACAAGAGUUCAAAGGGUGUCCUGUUGCUUUUCUUUGCUCCUCUGCACUAUGCUGACCAACAUCAUGUUCUGGGGGAUCCCCAAAGAUCCAGCUGAGCAGAAAAUGGAUUUGGGUAAAAUUGAAUUCACUUGGCAGGAAGUGAUGAUUGGUUUGGAAAGCUCCCUCCUUAUGUUCCCCAUCAACCUACUUAUUGUUCAGAUCUUCCGGAACUCACGACCUUGGACACCCAAAGAGGAGAAAACUGGGAAAGGUCCUAUGUCUCCCCAGCCUCCUCCCUCCCCUGAGGCUUCACAGGAAACCUUCCUCACCUCUGAAACUGUAACAAAGGAUAUUUGGAGAAUUGUCAACUCCUUGCUUAAAACUCUGAAGAUUUCAUCACCUGCUUUUGGCUCAGAUCUGGGGAAAUCAAUGGAUAUCAAUAAACUAUUGGCUUUAAUGGAAGAAAUCAUUUGCCCACAGAACAAAGCUGGGCAGGAUUUUAAUGAGGAGGGCAGGAGGAAAAAGGAUGUUUCCAUCUUCACUUUUGGGACUGUCAACUUAAAAGAGCAAACUAGAAUUCCCAGAAUCAAGAAGGAGAUGAAGAGUUGGCUCCAGAACAGUAGCUACAGUCAUUAUCUCUUUAUGCAUCUUCAACAUGUACAGAAAGAACUCGAACUUCUGGGGCCUCAUGAUUUCCAGGAUCCUAAGAGUCAUGCACAGGCAAUGGUGCAGGUCCAAACCCUGAAAAGCCUUCUGGGAAACCAGGAUAGUUCCCAAGAACCAGCCAGCACGAGAGUCCAGUCCACAGUCUCUGCUAGCCCAAGUUUACCCUGGUGGUUUGUCCUUAUUGGCUGGCUGCUUGUUGUGAGCACCAGUAGUGUUGCAGCCUUCUUCACCAUGCUGUAUGGGCUGCACUAUGGGAAAGACAACUCCAUCAAAUGGCUUCUUUCCAUGGCAGUCUCAUUUGUGGAAAGCGUUUUUAUUACCCAGCCCCUGAAGGUACUGGGAUUUGCUGCCUUUUUUGCCCUGGUCUUGAAAAAAGUCGAUCAAGAGGAAGACUAUAUAGCACCUAUAGCUGAACAUCUAUGUGGCCCAGAUUCAGAUGUUUUCUUCCGAGCCCGUAGGGACAGUCAAAGAGGCAUCUACCAACCACCUCUUGAUGCUGAUGUCAAAAAGAUGAAGAAAAAUCGCCUCAAAGAGCAGAAAGCUUUUGCCUUAAUUCGAGAAAUAUUAGCUUACAUAGGGUUCCUAUGGAUGCUUUUGCUGAUUGCUUAUGGACAAAGGGAUCCCAAUGCCUACUACCUCAACAGGCACCUAGAGAAUAGUUUCUCUACAGGGCUACAGGGGGUGCUCAGUUUCCAAGAAUUUUUUGUAUGGGCCAAAACCACAUUAAUACGCAACUUGUACAGUUCAUAUCCAGGCUUUAUUACCGAUGGAAACUCAAAACUGAUUGGCAGUGCCCAGAUCCGCCAAGUCAGAGUCCGCAAUGACUCUUGUCCUGUCACUCAGGAGCUGUGGGCUUCUCUUCAGGAGUGUCAUGCACCAUAUUCCCUGGAGGCUGAAGAUAUGUCUGACUAUGGUGAAGGUUGGAAUAGCUCUGCUUGCAAUGAAAAUUCCUCCCUGUCCCAGGCCUGGCAGUAUCAAAGUCAGACACAGCUACGAGGCCAUCCCAUCUGGGGCAAACUUACAGUCUAUCGGGGAGGAGGCUACGCAGUACAUUUGGGAACAGAUCCAAAGAACGCGUCAAGGAUUUUGCAGUACCUCUUCAACAACACCUGGCUGGACACCUUCACUAGAGCAGUGUUUGUGGAGUUUACUGUCUAUAAUGCUAAUGUGAAUCUUUUCUGUAUCAUAACUCUGACUUUUGAAACAAACUCUAUAGGGGCCUUCCUUCCACAAGCAGAACUGCAAAGUAUCCGACUUUAUCCCCUCACCAAUGGUCUACAUAUCUUUGUUGUAGCAGCUGAAGCUAUCUACUUCCUCUUUCUAGCCUACUAUAUGGGCAUUCAGGGUCGGUUCAUGAAGACUCAGAAAUGGAGCUAUUUCCGAAGCAAAUGGAACCUGCUAGAAUUAGCCAUCAUCCUUAUCAGCUGGAGUGCUUUAUCAGUAUUUGUGAAGAGAACCAUCCUGGGAGUCCGAGAUGUCAAGUACUACUUGACCCACAAGAACAAGGCUGUCAGCUUUGGAGAAACAGCUAGUGCAGAUGCAGUUCUGGGUUACUUGAUUGCAAUACUGGUACUCCUGUCUACUGUGAAAUUGUGGCAUCUGCUCAGGUUGAACCCCAAGCUAAAUGUGCUCACCUCUACCUUGCGCAGAGCAUGGGGAGACAUCUCUGGAUUCAUCAUUGUCAUUACUAUCAUGUUCCUAGCCUACUCUAUAGCUACAAACUUGAUAUUUGGCUGGAAACUUCAUUCCUACAAAACCCUUUUUGAUGCAGCAGAAACAAUGGUCAGCCUGCAACUAGGGAUCUUCAACUAUGAAGAGGUCUUGGAUUCUAACCCUGUGUUGGGUUCUUUCUUGAUCGGUUCCUGCAUCAUCUUUAUGACAUUUGUGGUGCUAAACCUGUUCAUUUCAGUCAUCCUUGUUGCCUUUAGUGAGGAACAAAAAUAUCACCAGCCUUUGGAGGAAGAAGAGAUUGUUGAUUUGCUCUUGAUGAAAAUCUUCAGUUUCCUUGGCUUUAAAUGCAAGAAGAGUGAGGAUGUCAUGACUUCUGGUACAAGGCAACCUUGGACUGCCCAGGAAGAUGACAGGAUUUAAAUUCCUCGCUGUUGUUCUUCUAGGGAGUGAAGUAGGCAGCUUUGGGCUUAUGUAGGAAAUAAUUUACUCUUUAUGAAAUCUUAUGUAUUCAGUUAGAGUAAUAACAUGAUAUAAUAGAAACAAUACUUUCUCACUGUGAGUCAAAAAGACCUACGUAGAUUGUGAAUUUCUUGAGAGCAGAAAUGUCUUUAUAGCCUCAGAAAAGAAGCUUCACAUAUAGUAGGUACUUGGUAAUGCUUGCUGACUGAACUCUGCCUCUGUCAUUUACUAGCUAUGUAACCCUAGGCAAAUCACUUAGCCUUUCUAACCCUUAGUUUUCUCUUCUGAAAAAUGGGGAUGAUAAUAUCCAUAGCAUUCAUGUUACAGACUUGUUGUAAGAGUCAUAAUAUAAUAUAUAUGAAAUGUUUUGCAAAUCUUAAAACAUAUAAAUGUCAGUUCUUAUUUCCUGUUUUCUACCAUAAAAACCCAGAAAGAAAGAAUAAUUAUUGCCAUUGAAAAGUUCUGUUUCUCUCUCUCUCUCUUUUUUUCCCCCUGUGCUGGUUGUAUUUUUUCCCUAUUUUCUAUAACUUUAUAAUGAAAUAAUUAAUUAAAAAUGUCUGUAGUCAAAAACAUCUCCUUACAGAAAAAUUGUUUAUCAUCAAUUAAAUCUUUCUGGUCAUUGUCUUUUAAACAUGUAGCUUCCUAUAAAGCCUAUCUCAGGCUCAACUUCUCCUGGGUUUUUCUUGAAAUUCCCCAAUUGUUAACAUAUUAAUUUUUUGUAUUAAUUGAUAUUUAAUUGUAUUUAUAUGUUGUAUCCUAACCUGCUGAAUAGAGCCUCCUUGAGGGCAACUGGGGGGUGGGGGUGGGUGCGGAGGGAGGGAGGGGAGAGGAA